AAACAAUAUAUGAAAAAGUGUAGUCUAGCUUUAUAGACAUCAAUGCUUUUUGAUGAUUAAGAAGGUUUUUUAAUUAAUUAAUUUAGACUUCUAACCUCAUGAUUCUGAUGGACUUGGUCCAUGGUUUAAAAUUAAAGAAAAAAAAAAAAUUGUUCAGCCUUUACAUCCAAUGAGAAUUCCACAAGUCAGAAUAAAAAGCUAAUAAUAAUAAAAACGGGUACAAUAAAUAAAAACUGAGAGAUAUAACACUGAAAGAGUUAUGCAUGUAAACGAGGAGCUAAUUUACAUAAAUAACUUAAAAUAAAAUUAAGAAUACAAUAAUACUUCAUCACCAGUGGAUUUAAUCAUUAAAAAACACUUUUCUAAUAAAUAAUCCGUAUUUUUUCCAAAAAGCUAGCAGAGUUCGUUUGUUUAAAAGUCGGAUAGAUCAAAUAGAUAAAUAAGAGUUAAAAAAAUAAAGAUUUGUAAUUCUGAUAUACCAUUGCUCAACUAAUAUAAUUAUUUUUCAAGAUUAUUAUGAAAUGUCAAAC